UGCGAUAAAAGCUUUGCAACAAAAAGCAAAUAUGUACGCUCGCUGUUUGAGCGCGUGCUUUAGUGAUUAAAUCUUAGUGGUUAUUCGUACGAGAGGCAUUUAAUUAUCUACACUUUUUGUUUUAGUCAGUACAACUAUUCGAGCGAUUCGGAAGUCAUACAGUAUGAGGUUUUUGCUUUAUCAUUUUAAGCACUUCACUUUUAACUAUAUAUAAGACAAAAUAUGACUCGUUAUUAAAAUGGGAUAAUAACGGAUCUAUAAUUGGAAUCGGAUACGUAUAAAAGAGCAUCGAAAAUCAUUUCAGCUGUUGUUAGGAAAAAAUUCUCACAACAGCGGCAAUCGCUUUAGCAGUGAUCGCUUACUAACAGAUACGCUGCAAAAGAUACGAUAUUAAAAUACAUAUAUAAUUUAAAUGCAUUAAAAUGUUUAAUAUUUUAAUCUUAUUUUGGAUAUCUUAACAAAUAUGGAUUUGAAAUGAAGUUCUAUUAGGUUGGUGUUAUUGUUACUGGAAAAUUUAGAAAGACAAACACUGGAUUUAUAGAAAGAAACUGACAAAAUAAAAUUAUAUUGCUAGUUAAUAUUUAAAUAUUUUGACGAAAUAAAUAAUGACUGUUAAAACUGUAAAAUGUCAGCGUGAAUUCAAACUUUCAAAAUGAUUGUAAAAUGGGUGAAAUUUUACAGCAAAUGCUUGGCUUUCUUCUGAUAACUUUGCUCCUAGCGAACUGUGAUAGUUUCCCGCAGAUAAGUGACCGCAACUUGCGGAGUGAAAAUAAAAAGGAAAACUUGAUGAUUGAAGAAAUUCUUGGCGAAGUAGGUAAUCGGGUAGCGGCUAUCAAAAGGGAGAAAAAUGAAAAUGUGUUCGAAAAGCUGGGGAAUGGACAGAUAACUGGUGCUAAUUUAAAAGCUCGAAAUACUUUAAAACAUAACCUUGAAAAAGUGUUCCGGGUAAUCAGAGGUUUCACCGAAAAAACUAUAGCUAAUAUGUUAAAAUAUUAUUUAAAUAAUAAAAGAAAACAUCAAAUAACGAACAUCGAAAACUCCGAUGUGAUAUUGGGAGAUAGCAAAAGUAUUCAAAUAAUGCAAACUAAUCUAACGACGGACAUUGCAGUUGCAAAGCCGUCGGUGACAAAAUAUACGGGCGUUAGCAAAAAAUCUGAAAACAAAUUUAGUGUAGACACUAUCAAAAUGCCAUCGCCGGCAGAAUCAAAAGUGGACCGAUGGCUUCCUGGACUACGGAAUUUCCGACGGCGGCGGUCGUUUUUCUCGGAUUUAGGAAUAGGACUUGAAUCGGCUUUUGAAAACGAUGAAACAGACGUUGUAUUUGGUGCUCACACAUCCCCCUGUGAUUAUGCCGACAGACAUUAUUGUUUAAAUGGCGGCACAUGUGUUUUUCUUGGAGCACUAGAGAUGAAAACUUGCCGGUGCAAGAUCGGAUACACGGGUCUUCGAUGUGAAAUGAUUAACCAGGAGUUCCUAUUAGCUCUCCUUUCAGACGAGUUCUUUGGUUAAACCAUGUAUUCAUGCAUGGUUCCGAGUUCAAACGGGUACAUGACAUGUUGUGGAAGCCACCUGAGUAUUGGAGCAUCAUCUUUUUCAACUAGAACUACUGGUAUAAUGGCAAGCGACUUCAUACGGAGAUGUUUCUCGGUGUUUCAAAGCUUAACUUUCAUUUCUUGUAUCAAUUGUGUUAUAAAAACUUUGUCAAGCAAAGUUGAAAAGUUGCACGAUGCCUUUAGUGUAAGGACAUUCUCAACUAUGAUGAAACAGGUUGUAUUUGGCGUAAUAUGUACACAUACUUUCGUGUUGCUGUAAAGAUCGAGUCAACUUAACUUGAAAUGUUUUUAAACGAUCACCAAAUGUACGCAUUGGAAUAACAAACCCUCGAAUAUAGACUAACAUUUACUGAGAGUCUGUCAUGGCCUUAAGGAUUUAGUAGUAUCUAAAAUUGUCUUUAUCUUUACUAGCAUUAAUCGGUAACCUUUAAUUUGGUAAAACAAGACAUUUCAUCUUUGUUUUCAAAAUGGCAUGUAGGAAAUAAUCACUUCAAACUGUUUUUAUACAAAAACACUAAAUUUUGUCAAGUUGAUUAUACCCUAGAGAUUUAUGGGGUUUUAUUCUUAAUACUGACAGUAAUCAGUGACAUAUAUAACGAACAAAAUGUUAUCUUAUGAAAUGUUCAGUCUGGAAAUAUUUAAAAAAUGUCAAGCUAAUUACGUCAUUGAUUUGAAUAUUUUCUUCUUUUGAUUUGUAAUACACCGGUUUUAAUACAUGAUUUAGUUAUCUCUUUCAUAAGUAUUGUUUUCUGGAGAUUAAAUGAUAUACGAUUAAGAUUGUGUCAAUAGAAUAACAGAAGUGCAAACUUAAAAACAUACAAGCCCUUGGAAAGUAUCGCCGAUGAUGUAAUAUUUGUUGUGAAUGAUACGGAUUGACAUUUAUGAUUGUAUAUGUGGUCAAAUGUAUUGUUACAAGGAAAUAAUAAAUAUCUAAGAAAUUGCUGGUGACAUUUAGAAAGAAGUCAGACGUGUAAUUUGAGGUACAUUAUUUAUUGCUGAUAUCUAGAUAAUCAUGUAUUUUUUCAUUUUUGUUUAAGUUAUAUUUGUACCUUAAUAAUUAAGGUACCGAAAUCAAUAUAUUCUGUCUGUCAGAGCAUUAUUUAAGUUUUGUAAGCAAAAUAAGAUGGACUCUCAAAUAUCUAAACACCUAAAACUUAACAUAUUCUUAUUUCAAAUUAUCCUGUUUUGAUUACCAUUAGCAGAAAUUGUUUGAUCUAAUAUUCUCAAUUCAGCAAUUCAGUCUUGCUAGCGAGUUACAACUUGAAAAUGUAUUAAGAAGUUGUUUUGAUGGUAUUUAUCCUUACCCUGCUUAAUUUCUAAAAUGGACUGGUCCACAAUUCAAUUUGGGCAAUACCAUUUAUUAUUCAAAGGGAUGUUUACUGAAAAUUUACUGACUGAACAGCGAGCAGUGCAGACCAUGAUCAAACUUCACGGAUGUGCAGGCUGAUCUUGGACUACACUGGUCACAAAGGCAGAUCACUUACCGCCAGCAGGCUAAAGGUUAAACAAUUUUUUGGAAACAAAUGUUUUCUAUUUUAAAGACAGCUAAAAUCUAACAAACCAAGGCGGUGCUAAUUUAAUGUUUGAUUAUAUGAUAGAAGUACUUUUUAUGAACAUGAAAAUAAUGUAGGAUUUCCUUUCACUUAUGUAGGAAUCUUAAGUAAAUGUUAAAAAUGAAGACAGUACUUUUUACAUUUCUAUCAGAAGCAGACCUUGCAACUAUAAGAGAGAUAUAUACUUAAUGGAGUGAGUGGUAUGCUGAAUUUGUUUAGACUGCUUAAUAAAAUUAGAGCAAGAAGCUGCUGUUACUAUUUUAACAAAUUACGAUUUUAUGUGUCGUACUGUUAUUCUUCUUGAUUUCAAUACGACAUAUAAAAAUAUAUCAACAUCACAUUGUUUGUGUCAUGUGACUAAUAUUUGGGUCAUUAGGUGUUAAUAUAUAUAUCUUUCGUUGUGUUUUCUUUUUUAUGAAGACUAUUGUUAAAUUUCAUUUAUAAAUAAAAAUAUUCCGUCAAAGGUAUUUGACAUAUUUUGUAAAGGGAAUACGUGUAUGUUAACAAGACCAUGGUGUAAUUGUUUUAUUUAAUAUGUAUAUAUGAUACAAAUUGAUCAAUAAAUAAUUGUUGGUAACUUUU